GGCCUGGCGGCCAGCUGAGAGCCGGCUUCAGGGCCUGCGGGGGCGGGCGGCGCCGGUGCCCUGCGGAGCGGGGGCGGGCUCAGCGCGGCCCGACCCGGCCCGACGCCCUCGGCCCCCGGGCUUCGCUGCGGGCCGAGCCAUGGAGCGCCCUGCGCCCAGAGAGGUGCGCAUGAGCCAGGCCAUCCAGCCCGCGCACGCCAACCUGCGCGGCGAGCUGAGCGCGGGGCAGCUGCUCAAGUGGAUCGACGCCACCGCCUGCCUGGCGGCUGAAAAACAUGCUGGGGUUUCCUGUGUUACAGCCUCAGUGGAUGACAUACAAUUUGAGGAGACAGCUAGAAUUGGACAAGUUAUAACCAUCAAAGCAAAAGUUACCAGAGCAUUCAGCACAAGCAUGGAGAUCAGCAUCAAGGUCAUAGUACAGGACAUGUUCACUGGUAUUGAGAAACUUGUUAGUGUGGCUUUCUCUACAUUUGUAGCCAAACCAGUUGGAGAAGAAAAGAUUCAUUUAAAACCAGUCACACUUCUAACUGAGCAAGAUCAUGUGGAACAUAAUCUGGCUUCUGAGAGAAGGAAAGUUCGAUUACAUCAUGAGGAUACCUUUAAAAACUUGAUGAAGGAAAACAAGUUUGACGAUCCCAUCUGUGACGAAGAGGAAGGAAUGGUUCCCACAAGUGGCACAUCUGUUCAGAGCAUUGAACUUGUCCUCCCACCCCAUGCAAACCAUCAUGGAAAUACAUUUGGUGGCCAAAUUAUGGCUUGGAUGGAGACCGUGGCUACUAUUUCUGCAAGCCGCCUCUGUCAGGCACACCCCCUUCUGAAGUCCGUGGACAUGUUUAAGUUCCGGGGACCGUCUACUGUUGGAGACCGGCUUGUUUUCAAUGCCAUUGUCAACAAUACAUUUCAGACCUGUGUGGAAGUGGGAGUGCGCGUGGAAGCCUUUGACUGUCAGGAGUGGUCUAAGGGCCAAGGCCGUCACAUCAACAGUGCUUUUCUCAUUUAUAAUGCUGUCGAUGAUAAGGAAGAACUGGUCACAUUUCCCAGAAUCAAACCCAUGUCAAAGGACGAUUUUAGACGGUAUCAUGGAGCUAUUGCCCGCAAGAGAAUUCGCCUAGGCAGAAAAUACGUUAUUUCCCACAAAGAAGAGGUUCCACUUUGUGUACACUGGGACAUAAGCAACCAGGUAGCCCUGAGUAACGCCAAUGUGGAGGCUCUCAACAAUCUGGCAGCCAGAAGUGGCUGGGAGGUUACCAGUGCGGUGGAAAAGAUAAAAAUAUAUACCCUGGAAGAGCAUGACAUUUUAUCUGUUUGGGUUGAAAAGCAUGUGGAAAGACCAGCACACGUGACUUAUCAUCUCUUGUCUGACUUUACCAAGAGACCUUUGUGGGACCCCCAUUAUGUGUCCUGCGAAGUCAUAGACUGGGUGAGUGAAGCUGAUCAGAUAUAUUAUAUCACUUGUCCUGUAGUGAGUGGUGACAAACCCAAAGACUUGGUAGUACUUGUAUCACGAAGAAGGCCUCUCAAAGAUGGUGACACGUACACGGUGGCAAUGAAAUCGGUUAUUCUACCAUCAGUCCCACCUUCUCCACGGUACAUCAGAAGUGAAAUCAUCUGUGCUGGAUUUCUCAUCCAUGCUAUUGACAGCAGUUCCUGUACCGUGUCCUACUUCAACCAGAUUUCUGCUAGCAUCUCUCCUUACUUUGCUGGAAAUCUUGGUGGCUGGUCAAAAUCCAUCGAAGAGACAGCAGCCUCUUGUAUACAAUUCAUAGAGAAUGCUACUGAUGAUGGGUUGAUAAACAGAUUUUAAAUGGUAAACUUCCAAUUACCUGUAAUUUUAUUUCCCACCUUUAAUUCCAAGUACCCUUAGCCCUGACACUUGGCAAGGUUUUGGGCCACAAAAUAAUUUAAUAUUGGCCUAGGCAAAACACAGUUAGGAAGGGGUUAAAAAAUAAAAUUCAUCUCAGGUCAAAUACCAGUGAUUUGGAUCGUAUUAUUAAAAGAGCUUUA